AUAAAAUUGACAAUAAAACCAUUGAUACUACGAAAACAAAAAACAAAGCUGCCAUUAAUGAAGAUUCUUUAAUUCAAAAUGAUACAUCAAGGAUUGAUGAAACUUUUAUUUCCAAAAAUGAUGAUUCUCAAAAUCAAAUCUAUGACCUUCAAAUACAAAAUUACAGCCCGGGUAUACCCUUUCACACUUCAAGUUCAACUGGUGGAAGCAUUUUAAAUAAUCGUUUGACUAAAACAAUGACAAAUUCGAGCACUAUAACUGUUGGGGGAAGAAAAAGAAAACCAAGAGUUAGAGCAAGAUCAAAUCAAAUCGACAGUUUUAAUAAUAAUAAAACUAAAAUACCCACCAUGGAUGAAAAUUUAGAAUUAUACUUAUCUAAAACUGUAUCUUCAUCUAAUAACUAUAUUAAAAAUAAGAAUACCAAUAGUCUAUCGAUUAAUACCGAUAAAUCAUUUCAUUUAAAAAGUUCCUCUACUUCUUCAUUGCUGAAGAAUAAAAAUUUUGAAAAACCACCUCCUAUUUCCGAAUCAAAAGAAAAACAAUUAUCCAUUAGCAGCUCGUCACCAGUUUUUAAUACUGGUGAUCAUCUUUACAAAUCUCUUUCAAAUACUAGUGCUCAUACAGCUAAUUUAUCUAGCUCUUUUAUUAAAAAAGACAAUUCAUCCUAUGUUGAAACUUACCAAAACAUUUCGUUUUAUUAUGAUAGAAAUAUAAAAGUAAUCCCUCGAGUUCGUGUCUUGGUGGUUGAAGAUAAUAUUAUCAAUUCCAGAAUUUUAAAGAAAUUUUUAUAUACACACGAUAUACCUCACAAAAUUGUGACUAAUGGUUUUGAUGCUGUGCUGGAAUUUCGUAAAGGUGGAUAUCAUCUUAUAUUUAUGGAUUUACAAUUACCAAAACUUAGUGGAAUUUCGGCUACAAAAAGAAUACGUUCUUUAGAAGAAAAAAAUGGAAUUGCAUAUAUCAAAAAGCCAAUAAAAUCCUUUUCACUGUCUCAUUCUCAUAAUAAUUCUAUCGAUUCUUCAAAUAUCACAAACACAAACACAAACACGAAUACAAAUAUACAUUCUGGAAAUGAGAACAAGAAUAAAAGCGUGCUCAGUAAAGUAGAAAUUUUGGAUAAGGAUAAAUUUCCUAACCCUGUUGUUAUUGUUGCAUUAACUGCUAAUUCUAACACUGAUGAUAGAAGAGAAGCAUUAGGAGCAGGCUGUAAUGACUAUUUAUUGAAACCUUUGAAUUUUUUCUGGUUGAGAAAUAAAAUUGUGGAAUGGGGUUGUAUGCAAGCACUUAUCAAUUUUAAUAACUGGAAGUUUGAUGAAGAGGGUAGGAUUAGUCGUGCAACACCUAUAUUUGGUAAAAUCAUGACUUGAGAUUCUUUUUAUCUUCAACGGGUUAUACAUAAUUAUAGCUAAUUAUUGAUUUUUUUUUUGGUUAUAGAGGUGACUUUAUUUCAUUUUAUGCUAUAUUAUUUCUUUUCAUUUUUUAUUUUUCUAUUUUAUAUAUUAUUUUCAAUUCUCUUUGCUUUUUAUUUCAAUAAUCUAUUACUUUAGAGCUAGAUAUUUUGAGAAUAUUAAUUCUGAAAACUUUUAUCUUUUUAUUCUAUUUGAUUUUGAUUAAUUUUAUAAGUUUAAUCUUUUUUUAUUUUUUUUUU